AUGAAGCUGUCAGGUACCCUUCUGCUUUUGGUCAGUGUGGCCUGUGUUUCGCUCUUUGCAGAGGCUGUGAGCCAAGGAAGCUUUCAGGCUUUUUGCAGCAACUAUGAGAAGAAACCAGGUACAGAUGGAAAAUCAUGCCCCAAGACCUACAAGCCAGUGUGUGGCACUGAUGGACAAACUUACCAGAACCCCUGCGAGUUCUGCAAAACAGCUCUGGAAAAAAAUGGAAAACUUGGCUUCAAACAUGAAGGGAAAUGUUGA